ACACCGCCGGGCCAGCAGCUGACGCCCGACGCCUUCGCCAUCGUGGAACGGGCACAGCAGAUGGUGGAGAUGCUGUCUGAGGAGAACCAUGUGCUGCGGCAGGAGCUGGAGGGGUACUAUGAGAAGGCAGACAAGCUGCAGAAGUUUGAAAUAGAGAUUCAGAGGAUUUCAGAAGCUUAUGAGGGCCUGGUCAAGACCACCACUAAGAGGGAGUCUCUGGACAAAGCGAUGAGAAACAAACUUGAAGGAGAAAUUAGGAGACUUCAUGACUUCAACAGGGAUCUCCGUGAACGACUGGAGACAGCCAAUAGGCAGCUAGCCAGCAGAGACUUCGAUGGGCAUGAGGAUAAGUCAACAGAAGGCCUUUAUGUCACUCAGAACAAAGAGCACUUGAAGGAGAAGGAGAAGUUGGAGAUGGAGCUGGCAGCUGUGCGCUCUGCCAAUGAGGACCAGCGGAGGCACAUUGAAAUCCUCGACCAGGCCCUAAACAAUGCGCAAGCCAAGGUCAUCAAACUGGAAGAGGAGCUGCGCAGGAAGCAGGCCUACGUGGAGAAGGUGGAGAAGCUGCAGCAGGCACUGACGCAGCUGCAGGCAGCCUGCGAGAAGAGGGAGCAGAUGGAGCGGCGGCUGCGCACACGCCUGGAGCGGGAGCUGGACUCACUGCGGAUGCAGCAGAGGCAGGGCAGCUACCAGGCGAGCAGCCUCCCGGAGCACAAUGCCCCAGCCCUGAUGGAGCUGGUGCGGGAGAAGGAGGAGAGGAUCCUGGCCCUGGAAGCCGACAUGACCAAGUGGGAGCAGAAGUACCUGGAGGAGAGUACCAUCAGGCACUUUGCCAUGAAUGCUGCGGCCACAGCUGCAACGGAGAGGGACGCCUCAGCCCCGAGCCACUCACGCAAUGGCAGCUACAGUGAGAGCACGCUGGAGGUGCGGGGCUGGCAGGAGGAGGAGGAGAUUGUGCAAGCCAACCGGCGCUGCCAGGACAUGGAGUACACAAUAAAGAAUCUCCAUGCAAAAAUAAUUGAGAAGGAUGCCAUGAUCAAGGUCCUUCAGCAACGGUCACGGAAGGACCCCGGGAAAGCCGACAGCGCCAGCCUGCGACCGGCUCGGUCCGUCCCCUCCAUCGCUGCUGCUACGGGUGUGCAUUCACGCCAGACCUCGCUCACCAGUAACCAGAUAGCUGAAGAGAAGAAGGAAGAGAAGAUCUGGAAGGGAAGCAUAGGGCUGCUCUUGGGGAAGGACCACCAUGACCACCCAUCGGGCCCCUCGCUGCCUCCUCCACUGCCCUCUUUGUCCUGCAUGCCUGUCCUGGUGCCGGCGGUCUCCCACGCGAAAACGGGCAGCAAAGACAGCAGCACCCAGACGGACAAAAGCACUGAGCUCUUCUGGCCCGCUGCCGCCUCUUUCCCCGGCCGUGGACGGCUGGGUACCACCCCGUCACACAGCCCGGCCCCACGGCCCCCAGGGACACGAAUGGCCGGCGAGAAACUGGAAAACUCAAGCCACGGGAAGCUGCCUGACAGCAAAGGCAGAGUGAGCAGCUUGCUCCACAAGCCCGAGUUUCCAGAUACGGACAUGAUGGAAGUCCUCAUCUGAGCAGAGGACGGCAUCUCUGGGGUUU